UGCAUCACAUCAACAGCACCAGGCACGCACGUCCGAGGGAGCCGCGGGGGGAUAGGCAAGACAAGGCAACAGAUCGGCUGAGUGAAUGGCGAUGAUCUUAAUGUCCCGUGCGAUCUCGACAAUAUUAUGGCAUUUGUCACAUCCUUGUCAGUUGUUUGUCACCUGCGCCUCCUCCGUGUUGCUCCUGUUAUUUUUUUUAUCGGUAACAAACACCAGCCUUGGGAUAAGAAAGCAGUACAUAAGGUGUCUCCUGAAACUGUUUGAGGUCACUUACUUUCUGCUUGACAGCGGUAAAUGUGAGCACUGUGUAUCAAGUAUACCAAAGUUAGCCCAUUGGUACUCUAUGGCAUGAACUAUGGCCGAAUAAAAAUUGAACGAGCCAAUCGGCAACGCCUUAAACGAGAAGAAAGUGCAGAGGACCUCACAGAUUUGGAUUCUGAGCCGAUAAACACCACUACUUCAGUGAUCACGAGGGACGAUGUUAUUGUUGGAGCUGAGCAGCCAAUUAUCAACAUCCCACUCAAGGAAUACCACCUCGGUGACAUCACAUACUUCAUCAAGAAAGGUGUUGAGGCAAUCAUUGAUGAUGUGGUGACCAAGCGGUUUGCUACUGAAGAGCUGCCUUCCUGGAAUUUGCUGACAAGGACCAACAAAAACUAUACUUUUGUCAGUUUUCGGUUGACCAUCAUAUGGUGCAUUGGCUGUCUGCUGCGCUAUGUCAUUCUCUUCCCAAUGAGGGUGGCACUGACAUGCAUUGGCAUGAUUUGGCUUAUCUGCUGUACAGCCAUACUAGGAUAUUUUCCAGAGGGUCGGCUGAAGCGAUUCCUGUAUUGGCACAUCAGUCUGAUCACUUUCCGGAUUCUCUCGAGAGCAGUGUCAGCCAUAGUCACAUACCACAACAGAGAAAACCGUGCCAAGCCUGGUGGCAUCUGUGUUGCAAAUCAUACUUCCCCCAUUGAUGUGGCUAUGCUGGCGAGCGACAAUUGUUAUGCAUUGGUGGGCCAGACCCAAGGUGGUUUCAUAGGUGUUAUUCAGACAGCACUCAACAAGGCAACCUCGCACAUCUGGUUUGAGCGAGCUGAGAUCAAGGACAGGCAGGCAGUUGCCAAGAGACUCAGAGAGCAUGUUGAAGAUCCUAUGAAGCUCCCCAUUCUCAUAUUUCCUGAAGGCACGUGCAUCAACAACACAUCAGUGAUGCAGUUCAAGAAGGGCAGCUUUGAGGUUGGUGGCACCAUCUACCCAGCUGCUAUCAAGUAUGAUGCAAGAUUUGGGGAUGCCUUCUGGAACAGUAGCAAGCAGAACUACAUCCACUAUCUGGCUAUGAUGAUGUCAUCAUGGGCCAUAGUAUGCGACGUGUGGUACUUGCCACCCAUGAAAAAAAGAGAUGAUGAGUCAUCAGUGGAGUUUGCCAACCGAGUCAAAUCCAAGAUUGCCGAGCAGGGUGGCCUGCUCGACUUAAACUGGGAUGGCUUGCUCAAGCGCACCUACGUCAAGCGGGAGUGGAAGGAGCAGCAACAGAAGGACUUCAGUCAACGCCUCAAGCUGACAGAAUGGAAGACAGUGACUUUCCAAGAAACUAAAAUGCACCCGAUGACUUGCACACCAGUCUGCCAGGACACAGCAUCAAGGCCGCUCAAGUGCAACUAGAAUAGUUUGUUCUUUGGAGUGUCCCCACUUCUAUGAUGGUCCUUGGAAGACAAUGCUAGGAAGUGGACUUCUUGCGAAAGUAGUUCAGUAUCCUUUGCCAGUGGGACAUGGUUCGGAAUGACACUGUGGGCUUUACACUCGGGGUGGGACCAGAGUCAGUGGUGUGCGAAGCAUCUGUUGUCUGCUGCUCAGCUGGUUCCCGGCUGUGUUUGUUGCGCUUCUUGAGCUUUUUGUACUUGUUACGCACCAAGUGUGAUUUGGUGUGGGAAAUCAUGGCUCGUUUGAGUUGCACAACGAUCUCCACAACAGCCUUGGCCACUUCGGUAGGGGGUGCUUCUUUCUCAGACAGGACAGACCACUUCUCUUCAGUGAUGCCAUGUGGGGUCUAAAAAAAUAUGCAGCCAAAAAAAAAAAAAAAAAACGGAAGUAGAUUAGAAAUCACUCUUUACAGAAGGUAUUUCAUACGGCUCACCUCUAAAAUCUUCAGAGGCACGCCAAACUGACCACCAGCUGCUCCUCCAGUUGAGACUACAGGCACAACAAAGUGAUCGCUCCAGACGAAUUGUUCAACCUCGUGAGCUGCACAAGGACCACCUGCAAUGCACGCAUUGUACCAUUGUUGUAUCCCCAGUUUCCCAUGUCUAUUUCAUGCAACCUCUACAAUAAUGGGCUGAUAAUGAUAGGUUACUGCCUUAUUAAUAAUUAUUUGCAUACUAAAAAGGCCAGAACUCAUCACUCCUAAUGGUUUUUCAGCAAGGGAGAGUUAAAUGACAAAAAGUUGCUACAGUCGAGCUCCAAUAUGUCAAUUUCGUGUAUGAAAGCUUGUAAAAUACUGAUGCUUCUAAAGCUGUAAUUUGAGAGUUCAGCAAAAUCAUUAGUUAUAUUGUGCAAAAGUAGCAAAUAUAAUAAAACAUAAAACAGCUGGUUCACCAUUCUGCCCCGAAAUUUGAAUUUCUACUACUGCAAUUAUAAUUUGUGGAAGAUUUUAACAUUUAGGCUGGAUUUAACAUCACUCACUGUAUCAUCAUCAUAGGCGAUUGUCAGCUAUUGUCAGUCACCUUUGCUGAACACAUUGGACAAAAUAUUUUUUGUGUCACAACAAAGGAAAGGGUUUGGACUGUGUGCUUGUCUUAGCUAAUGCUCAAGUCAGUGAGGGAGAGGAUAACUGCAGGAACUCCACCCAACUCCACCCGUGUGCUUGAGCGUAACUAAAUGAAGAUGUAACUGAAUGUUGCUGUGCAGCAACUGAGAAAGCAUAAGUGACCUGAUAAAUAGGAGUAAGUUAAUGGUCUGAGCAACUAUUUGAGAGCGAUGCAGAACCCCCUAUGCUUAAAAUGCAUGUAGAGCUGUUAUUAAAUGCUAAGAAUUUUGGGUCUAGUACGUCAUAUGUUGAUGUGUAAUCAACCCGUAGCCACAAUGAAGAAAACAGAACUCGGCAAAGCAAAGGAGGUUGGAAAGUGUAGUGAGGAAACAUGCUAUGUGUUAAGGUGCAUACUGACUGCUUGCACAGCUGGAAGUUCCCACAGUGUGUGCUCAGCCUCAAAGUCCCAGAUGAAGCCAUUUUUGCAGAAAUACACAAAAGCUAUUUUCUCCGUGCAUUCUUUAGUGCCGCCUUUAACGUGCCACUGAAAGACGAGUGUAAAGAGGCCCUAUAAAAUGCUUGGAACUUUUUUGCAAUUUUUGCUAUACCAAGUUUCUCUGUACCCCUCCUGAGUUCAACAUAAUAAAGUUUGACUGCAGCUUGUUGCGGACCGGU